UAAACCUGCAUGUGAUUCGCUUUUCUCUCAGUGUCCUAUUGCUGUAGGUGCUGGCAUUGCUGGGAACAACAAAAUAAAUGUGUUUUAUAAGCAGUUUUGCUUAUCGCAUAUCAAUAUCGGUGCGUAAAUAUACAGUAGUCGAUGGAGUGGACCGAUAUGGGGCCCAUGCAGACACCUAUGUACAUAUGCAGUGAAGGCACCCGCACCGCCAUUCGUACUUCCGCUUCCCCCCUGGGAAAGAUUAGACUAAGCUUUAUCGGGCGAUCCGAAAAUUUGUCUAGCCCCGGACGUGAAUGAGAUAGGAGUGGAGUACCGGCGGAGGUCAUGUAAAUUCAAAGCGCUAUUUAUACAGCUCAUCGAUGGGUUUUAUCACCGCGGACGAACUGCUCAAUUGCCGGGGUUUAUCGGCUGGUGAGGUGGCGGCUUAUCAAGCGGCCUAUAAACGAAGCGGGAGCCAGCGGCAGCUCGUCGGCGGACCGCUUGCGAUACCAGAGCCAUCGAUACCACCCAUAGCACCCAUACCACCGAUGGCGUCUAUAGAUUGCUGCCAAUGGCGACAACAAUGCCACCAAUUUGACCAGCUCCAAUGCUCGCGCAACAAAUCCAAAUUAAUGCCCAAUGGGCCGGUCAACAAAAGCCCCCCAGCCAGACCUCUUGAUAACUCCCCCGAUGGGCAUGUGAAACUGAUUAAUGUGGCAUUAUAAAUAGAUCUCGAGUAUGUGGUUGGGUCUUCAUCGAACGUUUGGUAACUUUGGGUCAAACUAUAUUUAUGGUAUUUACGAUAAAUAAACAAGCCUGCUGCCUGAUUUGAUUUUUCUUGAGCCAUUAACCUAUUAGAUGGCAAUCCAUUAGACUGAUACAAAUUUGUAGUUUGCAUUUUAGAAACUUAGAAAGUCAUUUAGAUAAAGUCAUUUAGAUAAUUUUGUAUAUGACUUCGUAAGAUUGCUUUACUGAAAUAAAUAUAACUUUUUUUGUAUACCUUUAAUGACCUUAAUAGCAUUUUUUUCUAGUUUAAAAGACUGAAUAAGUGUGAAAUUGCUAAUUGGUUAUAGUAAUUAUUUAUGAGCAAACACACUUAGAAAUACGUAAAUAAAAUAAUAAUCAAGUUCCCUUUGCAUAAUUAGUUUACAUUUAACAACCUGAUCUUUGUAAAUUCAUAGCAUUUUCGGCUUUAAUUCCACGUUGAUCUAGGCAUUUUCCACAAUAAUUAGUUAGUUAACUUUUGGUGUUAGUUAAGAAGAGAAGAAGAAUGAGUCACAAUCAGGGCGAGCAUAACAACUUUUUCUUGGAGAACAAGGAUGAAAACGAACUAUAUGUUGCCCCACAUUUGGAAAAUAAUUCAAUGGACAGCACAGUUGAAGACGUCACAAAAUCCGUAGACUUUAAAAUGGACCAACUAAAAAAUGAACUGAACCAGAGCAAAAAUUGUAUUAUUUCCAUGCGUGAGCAGCUGCCUCAGAAACCAACGAAUCAAGAUCCCAAGAUGGUAAAAAUUCUCUUGAAGGAAAAGUACGAGGAAGCUCUUAAGCGGGAUGAGAAACUUGAGGCGGAGGCAGAAAGAUCAGUAAAUGAUCCUAAUUCCGAUAUGGAGGAACAUCAAGCUGAACUGAAAAAGCGGCACAAGAAUGAAAUAGAAGUAUACCAAGUGGUGCAGGAAAAAAUAAUGGCCAGCUUCAAGAAGGAUAUGGAUAAUCUCAUGCUAAAGUUCGACGAAGAGUUCUCACGACUGAGAAAGGUCCAUUUGCAGCUUUUGGCAGAUAAACAAAAAAAGAAAAAGGACUCCGCUGUUGUCACUAGCACUCAUCAGCCUUAAUACAAGUUUUAAGAAGUUUUAAUUUUUAAAAGUACAGGUUGUUAUUGGAAGAUGUCUAUGAAGGAAAGAAGUAGGAUAGUUCAAAGAUGCUUUAUUUAAGCUUAAAUUAUCAUGUUUUUAAUUGUAUUUUACUAAAUUGAACUAAAUAAUUCAAUAAAAAUUAUAAAGUUAAAGAAA